CUCCCAGCGCUCUCACAGAGACCUACCCUCUACUCUGGAUGUUGCCUUGCCCUCAGCGCGCCUCUUCUCGACCGCCUUCGAACGCUCCUUCCUUCUCCGCCAGACUUGACGCUUUCAAUUGGGAGCGGCUAUGGUUUGCUUGAAGCAUGCCUCAUCGCCGAGCCUCAUUUUCUACGUGUUGUUGGCGUAGAAGUCGCGCCAAGUUCGAACAUACACUUGCCCGCGGCGAAUCACCGCAGCGUCUAUGGGACGCGUAGCCUCGAGCCUCUCGCUACGGAAGCCGUGGCGUGGCUGUUUGUAUACCCACGACGCGUUGGCUUGAUAAACGAAUACAUUGCAGAACACGGCAAAGGGAAACUAGAAACGAUUGUCUGGAUGGGGCCGAACGCUGACUGGGGUGACUAUAAGGGCUGUUUUGCGGGAUGGCAUGUGCAUGUGCAGAGUGCCGCUGAGAUUGGCGGAAGAGCAUGGGAACUUGUCGCUGUCGCAAAAAGACGC